UCGCUGUCAGCGGCGCCCGCUCGGGGCUCGGCAGCGCUCGGCUCGACUCACCAUGCUCCGGAGCCGCCCCGGCGCGGGGCUCGUCCUGGCGGCGGCCGCUGCGUUCUGCCUCGGCGGGGCGGGAGGCAAGGUGUAUUAUUCCUGUGGUGCAGUAGUGGAAUCAAUGGAAAGAGGCCUGAUUUUAUCACCAGGUUUUCCAAACAACUACUACCCUGGGACACACUGCGUUUGGCAGUUCUUCAUUCCCAUGAGAACCCAUCUUAUCUUGGAAAUUUUUGACUUUGACAUUUUUGAGAGCUCUAGUGAAACUCCAACCCCUUGGGAUGGCUUUUCAGCCCCUGAUAAAACAGGAAAUAAGGACAUGCCUGCUCUUGAGGAAAACCUGGACUUUGCUCUCCGUACAACAAAACCCUCUCUCCAGACCUGGAUGCCGAAGGUAGCUCAGAAUUUGAGCAGUACAGGAGAUCAGUCAAAAGACCUUGCUAGUCACCUGCAUGAACUUCCAGGAACUGUUUCAAAAAAAGAUGAAGUCAAACAAGCAUCUGAAGAAAAUCAGUCGAGGCAGAUGAAAGAGCCCAAAGUGAUUACCAAGGCUCAGCCGGAAGAACUGCUCCCUGUGGCUGGUAGCACCACCGUGCAGAAACAAAAUACCAGUGGCCUGGAAACACAAGAAGACUUGAAAGGGAAAAUCUUGCUUGCCCACCUAGCUGCUAGUGAGAGAGAUGAAGUUACAGUAGAGAGCUGGACUCUUCCCACAACAGUAUUGCCUAUGGAAAUCUCCUCCAGCCCACAGUCAGCAGUGGAUGUCUGUCCCCAUGAUGUACUGUAUGUUUCUGAUCUCAUCACAUUUUCCUCUCGAUUCUGUGGACCAAAUUCACCUUUAAACAAGACCAUGGUCUUUGGUUCGUCUCUAGAAAUGGUUGAGGUUAUCAUGGAACUUAUCACCACCACAGACCGGGGCCGAGGCUUUGCAAUGCUCUUCGAGUACAGGAACAUCACUGAACCCAACACUGUAGAUGCUAUGAGGCAGGAGGGAAAGGGAAACAUGAUGAUGCUGGCGAUCAUAACAGGAAUUAUAUUCUUUGUGCUUGCUUUGCUCUUUGCCCUCUGCAUAAUUUGCAGGCAGAGAACGUGCCCCAAAAGGAGCUCAUCCAACGCAUGCAGUGACCAGGAGAAUGGGAUCCAGAACUCCGCAGUCGAUAUCAAUGAGCUCCAGCUUGUGGUGCCAAGUCGGGAGAAUGAAAACAACAACCACUCUGUCAGCCGGGAGCCAGCGGUCACCUCCUGCGGAGGCAGCACAGAACGUUCUCCUCAGGACACUGACCCAGAUGUGCCCUCCUCCACAUCCGCAGUGACCACCGAGACUGGCAGCGAUGAAGUGUUUAUUAUUUCUGCUGGACCUGGGGCCAGUGGGUUGAGCUUUACCACCUACAGAAUACAGGACAAAAACCUAAAAAGAAGUGUCACAAGCCCAGCCUCAGUGUCCGACUGGCUGACCUCUAAUCACACGGCUGCAGGAGCAGAUGCUGUUGAGAAGGGGAAUGUCCAGCUGGAAAAUCACUAUCCCAGGCAACGCACGUGGAGUGCCCGCACUUUCCAUGACUUUCUGGCUCCAAUACCACAGCUACAGAAAAAAUGGUGUAGCUGGACCACCAACAGUCCCUUCACAAAGCUGGUUGACAACAGUGGUUUUCCUACAGCUGCAAGAUCUCAAGGUGCCCCAACCAGAAAGGUAAUCUCAGCCACUGAGAUAGAGGGAGCAUCAGAGACUAUUUACUCUGACUCAUCUGCCAGUAAUGCCUCCUACCCCCUCACACUGUCUGCACAAAGGCACCGCAAGCUAAGCUCCUGCAAUUUGAAGAAAUCCAGGUUUGGGAAUCCUUAUUUUGGAUUUUUAGCCAGUUCUCCUGACAGCAAACAUGUGAAGUCCUUGGAUCCCACAAGACAUCGUGGGGCAGGAUCUCCAGUUAACAGCCAAAGCCCCCAAAAUCCUCUAGAGAGCUCCAACUCACUGAAAAUCAACUUGGUCAAUGGUUCAAAAACAAAGGAGCUUAUGGUAGAAACAGAUAAAAACAAACCGGUUUUUGUUAUUUCUGAAGAAGGAGAUGAUCAGCAGCCUCUGGUCCUAGCAGAGCAUCUUAGUCAAUGUGGAGAUCAUCUGCCAGAGCAAAACACUGUGUGUGCUCCAGCUGUGGCCGAUGAACAGCCAGUGGUUCUGACUGUUGAAGGGAGCAGUUCUGCCAGCUUCACAUCAAAUCUGCCUGUUUGGGCAAAAUCCCCUGGUUUAUACAAAGGUCAGGUGAAGGCUCCCAGCUCUUCCAGGGACCAGCAGAGCUCAUCAGCUGUAGAUGCUAAUACUACUGAGACCUCACAGAACUGUGCUGCCCUAGCUGCUCAUACGCUAUGCCAAGCUUCAGUCCAGUGACACCCUCAGAAAGACUAAAACAUCAGUUCACAAAAACAGAGGCAAAAGGGAUAUGAUCACAGCAGAAGCUGUGUCAGGUAGCUGAGCACAGCAGUCAUAGAUAGAUGCAAUUUUAAGAGGGAUCUUUGCUUCCCAUCUCUUGGGAUUGGGAUUACCACUAUACAUACUGCAGCACAAAUACCAUCUUCCCUUAUGCUCACUAUCCUCAUCUCCAUUCUGCAUGGAAUUUUCCUGUGGGUUAUACAAGAAAGCAUCCUCUGAAAAGGUACUUCAGGCUGCAGAAACCUUCUCUAGAGUGAGAAAUGAAAGGCAUCCGAGAUGGUUACAUCCUGGUUUAUAUCUGAAAUGUAAAUCAGUCUUCUGUCACUGUGGAAUCACUUCAGUCUUUCUCCUGGGAGCUAGGAGUUCAAUUCUAUUUGUAGGUAUGCCUGUACAAUCCAAGCCUUGCCAAGCCAAGGAUAAGAAUUCAAUCAUGCAUGUUUGUGUACGGUUUUGCAGACUUAAUUUUACGCAUUUCAUAACCUGUACUCUAGCACAAAGUUUACCAAGCAUUAGCAUCUCUAAUAUUAAAGACCAUGGUUAUCUUAUAACUCUUUAGAGAAGUGUACAGACAAGCUGAGCAACCCAAUACUGGAUGCUUGUUCUAUAAAAGUCUAGUGUAGCUUUAUUUUUGUUACAUCUACAUAGGCUUAAAACACCUCAGGCCACUACAUUUUUAAGUGACUCCUCAUGGCAACAGCAGCAUGUAUGCAAAAACACUGAAAUACUAGGAAUAGUCUCCAGCAUCCAACACUUGGAUAUUUGCAGCUGCUCUGAUCCUAUAUCCACCAGCUAUUUAUUGCUGGUAACGCACAUUGACUAGGGAACUAUUUCCCUUCCUCUAGCAGGCAAGAUUCAAAAGACAAAAUUAAAUGGGGCAAAUUUUGAAUGCUUACUUUCUUUAGACAUGAACUACUAAGUGGCUGUGCCUCAUUGAUCACAAAUCCAGGGCAUUCAACGGAACACUGAACCAAAGGGAAGCCUGCUAGUCCUAUUGCCUUUAAUAAUGCCAUCAGUAUUUUACUUGCCUCCUGGUGAUAUUUUCCUAUCUUCACAAAAUUCCUGCAAAUUCAGGACACAACUCAGAAAUAUUUUACUUUCUUAAAUGAAAGAAAUUCCAUGGGAAACUGUGUUUUGCAGCUGACACAGCACGUUGUUUUGAAACAAUAGUGUGUCAUAAAACAGGUGUCAGAAAGCAAUCUUCCGUACCAGUCUUCCCCUCUAUUAGCUACAGUGUGCAUCGAGUUAUCUUAAUCCUUCUGUGUGAAGGCAUGCCAGUGUGAUUCCUGAAAUAUUUAUCUGAAUUAUUUAUGAUUUCACCUGCUCUUACAGCUUCCAUUUGCCACUUAUUAUCAUCUGAGAUACGCAACACAAGAUUGUAGGUUUUACCUUAUAUUUUGUGUGUGUGUUUACAUGUCUACAUAGACAUAAAACUUUGCAUCUAGUAGCAGUGGAAGCAAAACCAUAUAUACCCUUUAGCAGCUGACUCAAACAUGAACAACAAACAAGUAUCUGCAUUUGUUAUUACCAGCUGGUGUUGAAUAAUUCUGAAGCACAAAAGUCUGGCUCCACUUUGUGGGGUUUUUUUUGUUAUUGAAGUUUUUUGUUGAUUUUUUUUUAAAUUAAUGCUACAUGUCUCAAAGGGAAGAAUUAAUAUAUUUAUAAGAAAGCAUUUAGAUAUCUUCAGUACUCUAAGAAUAACUUCCACUGCAUCAAAUUCAUAUACAUUGUAACUCAGAGUCUAUGUUCUGUUACUUAUUACAUUUCUAAAGACUUAAGUACUAAAAUCUACUUUUGAAAAAUCCUUAUGUUCCCUUAUUGACAGUAACUAUAUUUGAAGGGCUGGAAAAAGCGGCUUUUUCAAUAAGAGCAUGUUUAACUAUUCAUUUCUCCAAAGUGAUGACACUCCUUUUGUUUAUUUGGCUGAAAGGCUAAGCUGUAAGGACAUUACCUCAGAGCACCAGUGCACCGCGUGGCACAUCCCAGUGCAGCCACUCCAGUAUCGCCUGCUGCAAUGGAAAGAGCACAAAAGCUUCUGCAUCACUCAGUCAGUGAACACCCAAGGACCGCAUGCUGUUUGGUUUUUCCUAGCAAGAUAAGGAGGUGACAAUGACUUCCUCUGCUACCUAGAACAGAUUUUUCUAACCCUGUGAAGAAGCUGCCACCUGUGAAGAAGCUGCCAGCAGCUGAUUUCUGUGGAGUCUGGAUUCCCUUUCACACACUGCUUAACUUCACACUGCAACCCCUUCCACCGUGUCCUGUCGUAGCACUCCAUAACCAAUUAUACGCGAGAUGCUAAAUCAGAAUAUACUCAGCAUGGACCAUAUACAUACAUACGUUGGCAGAAGCCCUCUCCUCUUGAAGGAUAUGCGAGACUGAACAAUGCUGCUGAUUCUCAGAGCAGGUGUGGCUGAUAGACCAGUGUGAAGGUGAUGUCCUCUGCCACCAACCCAUGCUGAAGCAUAGCACAGGUACACACAGACCGUCCUCUCGCUCUUAGCCAGUCCUGACAAGCCAGCAGUACCACAAGAGGAGACUUCAGCUUGAGUUCCUGGCUUUCCUUUGGACGUUCCUAAAUUGGUUUUAGGCAGGUCACUAAACUCAGCUGCUAAAGAGGCAUUUGUGUUUUAUUUUGUACCUUCAAAGAAUUUAUAAAAUAUUUUCUUCCUCUUACAGCUAAAGAAACUGUUUUGUGAUUCUCCUCUUUUUCCCCCUGCAGAAACAUCUUCUACCUAGACUCUUCAAAAAAAAAAGUCAUAGCACAAAUUUAAGAAUUUGGUUGGACUCGAUGAUCCUAGAGGUCUUUUCCAACCUAGUAUGAUUCUAAGUUCUGAAAGCUCCAGGUGGAAUAAAGUGCUCCAAUACUCUCAGCUGUAAAUAUUGGCUAUGAUUAGUUUUUAAAUAGUAUUACUUCCACCAUCUAUUUUGUUCCUAACAGCUGUAUUACUUCCAAGAUUUAUGCUGCCACUUUUUAGUGACAGAAAACCUCACAACUCGUGCACAACCUCAGGAUUCAGUUCUACCUUUGUGAUAAUGCAGUCAGUUUACUGUGCAAUUUUGCAUACUGUAACCAAGCAGCAAAUGGGAUAAACAUGCUAAAGACUUGCUGAAGAGGAGGAAAGUAGCUUCAAUCACAACUGCAUGGGAAAAAAUGUCCAAAAAUGUUAUGGAGCUAAUGAACAGAAGGAGUAUUAUUUUCAGUAAAACUGAAUUUGAAGAAUGUUCACUUUUAUGUUAAUGAAUUAUUCUGGAAUAUACUAGGCAACUCCUCACCGUGUUAGGUAGACUGAAUGGGACAAAAAUAUGUGGGCAUUCCCUCUUUUUUCAUUGUUGGAAACGGAGCUUCAAAAUAAAAGCUUGAAGCUCUGAAGGCUGCCAAGACUUCUGCGUGCCAGGUUUCUUACUGUCAGGUAGCUGAAGUGGUUAAGAAUGCAGGCUUAUUAGGAAAAGAAUCUAAAAGAUUUAACAUGCAGUUAAUGCAUUCUAACAUUGAGGACUCAGAGUAGAAAGAGAAAUCAAUUUAUAACUUCCUAGCAGAAACAUGAACUGAGGUUUCUGGUCAGAAAUCUAACUUUGCUUUAAGAGCAGCUGGUUACAAAGCAUCCUACUCAUAACUGGGUUUUUCCCCCAUAAGAAGGGCACAUGAGCCAUGACAGAACACAUCUGACUCAAAUAGCCCAGUCAGCUACAAGAUUUUAUUCUAAACAACUAAAGAUUAAUUUGGAUUGCAAGGAAAAAAGAGAGGGCCUAAGCCACACUUACCUAAUGAAAGCAAGCAACUGAAACUCAGCAGCGCUGAAAAGAAUACCCAGCAGAGACCAAAUAUAGCUUCAACAUAUAUUCAUGGUCCGUCUAGAAAUGUCUUUGAUGUUAAACCUCAUAUGACACACUUAGCAUUUUUUAUAAUUCAUUUCCUAUGGAAACUAAUGAGCUUAAGGGUGAAAUUACCUCAUUGAAAGUCAAAAUGGUGGAGUGUGAAGAAAAGAAGGAUGACCUGAAAAGCAGAUUUAGAAGCAAUCUUUGCAUAUUAAGCAUUGCUGUGGGAAACAGUAUAAUUAGUUUUCUUCAGAAGUUAUUCCUUGGAAUUGUGUAAGUGGUAUUUCAGCUCCUAGACAUCACAGAGAAAGAAUGUUAGAUAAAAUAGGUGGAAAAAAUGCAAAAUCCCCACAUAUUCUUUUUAAAGCCAAGAGAUCCUUUUCCUAACUUCCAGUAACACAGUGACUGUUGGUUUAUUUUUAGAGGACAGACUCUACAAAACAAGGCCCCUUUCCAGCAGGAAUUGCUAAGAGGCCAUAAGAAACCAGAUUUUCAGAGCAUAAUUUAGAAUUGAGCAUUUUCUUCUCAAGUGCCUAACUCCUUUUACUUGAAUCAACUUACUUCCGUAAGCUCUUGCUGCAGGCUAAGCCAUCUGCACUGCAGAGUUCUGCUGAAGACUAGGAAUUCAUACAAAAUGGGUGGAUUUUGCUUGCAGAAUGAAUGAGGUAAUGAUUGAUCCUGGAGUGUCAAACACCACUUUUUCUAUUAAGUUCAAGGAAAACCAUAUCAGAGCUUAAAACACAAAUUGUCCUACGCAGUUGCUGAUUUAAAUACUCAAGACACAAUGAGGGGUUUCAGAUUAACUGUUGAGAUUAGUAUGUUGUCAGAUAUUCCAUCUGUAGAAGGCCAUAUAUUGCAUUGUCUAUCUCACAAUCAUGCUACCAGCAUACUAUUCUUUAUUGAGGGUGUGCUUGGAAGAGCAUAUCCUAUGCCACAACUGAUCACUUGAAAGAGCAUAAAUCCAAAAUAAGCAGCUUCCUCAAACUAAAUUAGUUACAAGUCAUUUGUUGACAUAAUAGGGUAGAAAACACUUAAAUCCCCCAAUGUAAAUGCAGAGCAAGUCAAAUCAUUUCAAGUUUUAAGGUCUGUCAGCUUGUCUUUAUGAUGUACAGAACAACCCAGCACUUUCACUUUCAUGUUACUUAAUCGUAAGUUUGUUUUUCCCAUAAAUUUAGUCUGAAGAACAAAUGACAGCUGGUUUGAGAAUGGCAAUAUAGAUUAGUUAAAUAUCCAGCUUCAGCUAUGGGAAUGGCAGCAGCGCGAAGAUCCUAGGAUGCCAAGCUGUGAUGUGAAGCUUACAACUCUGGCAUCACUGUCUUCCACAUCAGCUAGAAUGGGGACCUGAUGAGUCCUCCUAUCUACUCAGCAAGGGAAAAGUUCUGGUCAGAAAAAGUUCUGUUACUAGUAGCCAUUUGAAAUCUUCCCAUUUAUGCAAAUUAGGUCAUUGGAAAGAUAAACACAAUAUAACAAUCAUCAUCUCUAGUCUGCUGUUAAAUCAAUAGUGGUAUAAUGCUUGUCACUUCAGCUUUUACAGUGUUGCAAGAAAUUAAAAUACUAUCUACUUUUUUAAAAGUAGUAAACUUAUUUACUAGCAUCUUGAAGUCAUCUGGUUGACAAAAAUUAAUUCUUUCACUUAUAUCCUUAGUUACAAAUCCUGCAGGGAUACUGACGAUCCUUUGGGAUAUCAUCACUCUUAAGAAAGUUUUGAGAUAAUUGCUUGGAACGAUGAAAAGACUCCUGUCGUUUUCAGUCACUACAAGUGUAAGGAUAAUAUUGAGUUGUAAAAUCUCAACAUUCAAAUAGCUUGACCAAGCAUUAGGAAGUGUUGCAUACAUUCAUUUCUGUGGUGAGAGAAAAUGCCACAGAAGAAACAGAAACAGACAACUUCAGUGAAUAUCCUUUUUUUUUUUGUUUGUUUUAAUUAAUAACUUCUUAAUUCAGGAAAAAAAAUAAAUCACAAAAGAGAACUGGAAGAACUACUCUCCACCUUCUUUAUAAAAGAACUUUCUCAAAAAGAGACACUAUAUACCUUGUUCACCACUAUGUCAAAUCCUAUCAUAAUCACCUUGGUUUUUACAACAUCUAUUCUACCACAUUUCAUGCUCAGCUUCCAAAUAUCUCUUAUAAAGGAGGUGGGGGUGUGUGCUUUAGACAAGUUAAAAAUAUGCUGCAACUUUACAGUCUUUAAACAAUUACACCAAGCAUAGUUCAUAACAUUUAUCACAUUAACUAUCACCUGGUAACCAUACAUUUAAAAAAGGUCUAAUGUAUAGAGUAUGUAAUACCCAUGACAGAUACUCUUACUUACUUAAGAGUAUAUAAAGAUCAGGUUUUAUUCACCCUCCCCAUCACAAGUUAAUUUCUCAUCUCUUACUGGUACAAUAUAAAUGACAAAAAAAUCCCUUCAUUCCAUUGCACUACCGCAACCCUAUAUGCAUAGAAAGGCAGAUUCAGUAUCUGUAACAGGGAAAAGGAAGAGGGGAUUAUAAAAGGAAUCUGAAGAACCUCUACUGCACAGGUAGUUUAGAUGUUAAAUACGUGAGUUCUGUUGUUUUUCCCAUCUUUUUUUUUUUUUCUUAAAGUCACAUAACACAUCCCUACACAAACAUAACUCGAGUUAAGUGCAAGCGAGGUUGUAGGUAGGACUGUAGAUACAUUAUUUUUGACCAACACAAAUAAAAUCAGCACAAGCAGCUUGAACACCAGCACAGUGACAAGCUCAUGCUGAAAGCCCACCUGGGGUGUGGGAAGUGGUGAAUGAGAACGCAAAGCACAUUUCUGCAUAUAAUGUGCAUACGCUUGACCUCCACAACUGCACUCAAUUUGCUACGUGCACAGCCAGAGAUAAAAAUGAGAUCAAAACCAGCCGGGAAUGGUUGUCCUGAGAAGAUACAAUAGCCAUUAAAAAAAAAAAAUCUAAAUAUAAAAUACAAAUACAGAAGCAACAGAACAUUGUUAAUAAUACUAAAAGACAGAAACA